UUGCAGAUCUCAUUGAUUUCUAUGGUAAAGGUUAUGUACCAUAGCUUGCUUCAGUGUCAGGAGUCAUUACUGCAUCGCUCACAGAUCCCGGGGCAGCUAUGCUUUUGCUGCUGUCUGUGCUGAGAUGCUACCUACUUGGUCCGGUCCAGUUUGUUCUCUGUCCUGGUCUGCUCUCCAGCAGGAUGGACAUGGCCUAUGGAUUGUAUGUCGCCAGUUCCAACCCUGAGAUGCCAGGUCUCUGAGUGAAUUUAGCUGGUCAGUUCUAGAUUUCACGCUGCCAUGAUGGUUCCUCCAGAUCUUCUGCAGUAGCCUCAGCAGAUUUUAACACGUAGCUAUGAUUCAAUUAGCACGAAGCGUCCAGACAGGAAGGAGGGGACGCGGCGCGGUGUGAGAACACUGGGGGACCUUUGUGGGCAGAUCGAGCAGGAAGACGGCACAGUAAUCCUGAAAGUCAGUGCAAGGCGGACCAUCUCGGAGAAGUAUACAGACGGAGCCGGAGCGGAAUAUCUAGGAUCCUUUUGCAGAGCGGGCAGUUGCCAAGUGAUGCACCGUCAUCUGCUUCUCUGCCGGGAGCGGCCAGGUAUCCUACCCCCAGCACCUUGUGACGAGAGCAGCACUAGGGAGGGAGAGGCGAGAGGGUUUACAGGAGGGGAGGAGACCCAUACCGGCAUGACAGCUAUAGAAAGUAAAAGCAGGCGGACUCCUGCGUAGACGAGUGUUCACACUAUAUUUAUAGAAGGCCAGUUCCCGUCUUGUGACUCCUUACACAAUGCCGAUGGCUCGGUCGCCUCCGUCUGACAGGUCGGAUGACGCCGCAGAAGGGUAGAUAUUGACAGCUGGCCUAUCGGAGCAAGAAUGACCCUCGAAGGACUUGAGCUCUUCUGAGACCAACAACAGUCCUCCUGUUUGCCACGACUAAUGGUACGAUGACUGGGACUGAUGGGGACGAAGGUCCUAGAAUUGACGGCCCAGAGCCAGUGGUCACUUUACAUUCAGGUCUUUACAAUGGAAGAUUAUUGAUGGUUCUGCCUUAUACAGCAAGGGCUGAGCAAGCUGAACAGUGCCUCCGGAGGCUCCAGGACUGUGGCAUCCAGGUCCCAGUGGAGCAUUGUAAAGACUCCCUGCAGAUCCCAGCAUUCAUCCCCGAGGUCUACAGAUACGUCUUCUUCAGCUCUAGAGGCUUCGUUAUCAUCCUAGCAGUGGUCCUAUAUGCCUCCAUUUGGAUCAAUCUCUACUCCACUGCACAGAUGUUCUCCAGUGGCCCUAGCUGGUUGACCAGUAUACCCGUCACCAUCACUGCUGCCAUCGUCACCGUUGUGGUCAUCUUUUCCAUCAACAAUCACCAAAAGAAGAUAAAUGUGAACACAGAUAUAAGACUUGCUGCGGCCAAUGAGGUCUUAAUGGAAUAUAACGUUCUUCUGGGCAUCAGUGACCGAUCGAGAAGUUGUCACAGCGCUCCAUCACUCUGCUUCAUCUACUUCCAUUUGUGGGGCUGCCACCAGAAACUCUCCCAGCGCUUGGCCAACAUGAGUAAGGGCGACCUUGGAAAGUUCUUGGACCAGCACUAUAUCUUCAUUGAAACUCCUGCAGACCCCGCCUGGGCACAAGCAAGGCUUGAGGACAAUACAACAGAAGAGAGCCCCCUGUUGGCCAGCGCUUCCAGGCAUAAACCUGUGCUGUGUAACAAGAAGAUUCCUCUUAUUCCACAGGGUCACCCAGAAGUGAUGGCUCGCCAACUACUGAUUAUAGCAAGUGCCUGUUAUGUGCGUCUCCUCACCUCCGGAAAGCUGCCACGAAGCCAUGCCGCAGGUCAUACCGGAGUCCUUGAUGUACCGUGUCCUUGUCAGUUCAUUGAGAGCAGCAUACUUACAGCCGGAAAUUGCUUCACAUGUAUGUAAAUUGCUACCUAAAGACCCAUGAGAUCAGAAGCCUCAGCCUCGGAGCGCAGAUCAGCCGCCGUGGCCACUCAUACAAACGGACAUGCAAUCUGCAUUAUAUCUAGAAAUCAUUUGGCUUGUGCUCCCUGCUGCGAGCAGAUGGCGCCUGACACCCAGAAGCAUCUCCGCCUGGUUGUGUGACAGACGUGAACUAUUUCCAAGUUUACAAAUGCACAUCUCAUGGAUUUGAAAUGAUCAGACUUCAGCGGAGUUAUGUUUACGAGAUGAUUGCUUCAUCCUAUAGAGGAAAAGGAGAUCUUCUAGAAACCACUGUGUGAAGCAUCUCAUUCAUGGUGCCAUCUGCUGGAGGGUAAACAGCUUCUGACGAGCCGUAGAUGGAAGGUGGCGUUUUUGCUGCCCCGAUACUCCUUCCACACCAUAACCCGCAGUAGGGUCCCUGUAAAUACUUCUAUAAUGGAUGAGGCUUUGUAGGACGUUAGCAGAAAUGUCGAUUUUACGUACUACCUCAAAAAGAAUAUCAAUCUUGUACCUGUAUUGGGUAAUGUCUGCUAAACCAUGGAGCUGAAUGAUAUGAAGGCAGAUAUAGAUAAAAUCAUUGAUGGGAAAUACAGAUACAUAUUUAAUAGGUGUUUUCUAGUGACGUUACAGCAUCCGUUAAACAUGUACAACAUGAGUCUCCUCCAUAUGGAUUAAAACAGAUACCAUCACAG